AUGGCCUAUCCCGUGUAUUUGAUCGUUGAAUACCUUGCUAUGGGUGAUCUGAAGAAGCAUCUGAUGGAGUAUCGAGACAAAGAUCCAGGGACAGUCUACUCCAACCUACCCGGCCUGAGCAAAUUACUGUCUCGGACAUUGGUCAAGUUUGCCAGGGAUGUGGCAAAUGGAAUGGCAUUCAUAUCAUCUCAAAAGUGUGUGCAUCGUGACCUUGCCGCUCGUAAUGUGUUGGUGGGAGAUGACAUGGUGUGUAAAGUGUCUGACUUUGGACUGGCCCGUGACGUCAUGAACACACGUAUCUACCAACGAGAAUCACAGGGUGCUCUUCCCAUGCGCUGGAUGGCAUUGGAAUCUCUUCUAGAUGACGUGUACACAACAGAGAGUGACGUAUGGUCUUUUGGGAUUCUGCUGUGGGAGAUUGUGACGCUUGGUGCACGACCGUAUCCAAUGAUGAAGACAAAGGCAAUGGUCAACCAACUGCAGCAGGGCUAUCGUAUGCCGAAGCCCAAAAACUGCAAGAAACAGUUGUAUGACAUGAUGUGCAGCUGUUGGCAGAAGACUCCUCAGGAGCGACCGGCCUUCCAGAGUCUGUAUCAGCAAUUGGAUGACAUGCUAUCUGGAAAUGAGGACUUUAUCACCAUUCACAAGCUGGAUGAAAGCAUCUACGAAAUGAUAGUGAUCGAAGACACGAACGAGAAACUGUGA